AGUGCAGAAUUCUUUUCUUCUUGACAAGUGAUUGAUCAGAACUAAAAAGUAAAGACCAAAUAAUACGUCGAGGCUCUGUUUCUUGCCCAAUCUUUUCAUAUACACAAGUCAAUGAGUCGUCGCAUGCAUUAAUUAAUAUACACAAGUCUUGAGGGUCCAUUUCUAGGAAAUUAAUAUAUAACUGUAUUGGCUUUCAAAAGGAAAUUUCCAGGAUGAUUCAUUCAAUUCAAUUAUAUCAGUCUUCAGUAUCUUUUCUUAUAUAUAAAACUAGUGUACGUCUAGAUUAAUCGUCAUGAACAUAUAUAGUACUAAUCGGUCAUUACUCAUAAAAAUGGCCGCCUCCUCCCUUUCCAUUUCCAAUGUACCGAUAGUAGCAUGGGCUAUCUGGAUCCUUUUAUGCGGAAACUAUUUGGAUUAUGCACUUCAUCAGCUUGUUAAUGUUGCAGCAUCUGGAUCAAUAUCUGACCUUCAACUUGAACAAGCCAAGGCUUUGCAGGAGACUGGGUGGUGGCCAUCCAGUAGCAAUAUUUCAAGUGCUUGCGACUGGGAUGGUAUUACUUGCAAUGCUGGUGGAAGCGUCACAAGCAUCGAUAGAUCUUAUAAUGGUUUUGGAGGUCAGUUAAAACUCAACUUCUCUUUCUUCCCAGAUUUAGUAAGUCUUAAUCUUAGUGGAAACAACCUUCAUGGGCAUAUUCCACUUGAGAUAGGGAUGUUAAAAAAUCUGACCAGUUUAUAUCUUUAUUCAAACAUGCUCGUUGGUCCACUCCCUACCACUCUAGUUCAUUUAACUAAUUUGGAAUUUGUCUACCUUGAUGAAAAUAAAAUCAAUGGAUCCAUUCCUUCCGAAAUAGGGAUGCUGAAAAAUCUUACAUUUUUAUCCCUUUCAUUAAAUAUGCUAGUCGGUCCAAUCCCUUCCACAAUUGGUCAUUUAACUAAUUUGAGAAAUUUAUACCUUGAUGGAAAUAAAAUCAAUGGAUCCAUUCCCCCUGAAAUAUGGAUGCUGAAAAAUUUGACCAUUUUAUACCUUUCUUCAAACAUGCUCGUCGGUCCAAUUCCUACCACUCUGGGUCACUUAACUAAUUUGAAACGGUUAUACCUUAGUCAGAAUAAAAUCAAUGGAUCCAUUCCUUCCGAAAUAGGGAUGCUGAAAAAUCUGACUACUUUAUACCUUGAUUCGAACAUGCUCGUCGAUCCAAUCCCUUCCACAAUUGGUCAUUUAACUAAUUUGGAAAAGUUGUACCUUGAUGGAAAUAAAAUCAAUGGAUCCAUUCCCCCUGAAAUAGGAAUGCUGAAAAAUCUUAUCUUUUUAUCCCUUUCUUCGAACUUACUCAUCAGUCCAAUCCCUACCACUCUGGGUCAUUUAACUAAUUUGGAAUAUUUGGACCUUAGUCAAAAUAAAAUCAAUGGAUCAAUUCCUCCCGAAAUAGGGAUGCUGGAAAAUCUGACCACUUUAUACCUUCAUUCGAACAUGCUUGUCGGUCCAAUCCCUUUCAUCUGGGAUAAUUUAACUUAUUUGGAAUAUUUAGACCUUAGUAUAAACUACUUAACUGGCAGCAUUCCUUAUCACGAGCAUAACCUUUAUUGGGUGAAACAUGUUAACCUUAGUCACAACUUUUUAAGCGGAGAUAUACCUGUUGCACUAGGGACUGCUGCAGUAGGCCGUCUCUUGAGUCUGGAUCUUAGCUACAAUAAUCUUACAGGCCAUAUCCCCCCUUCUCUCAUUAAAAUAAAAGAAAUCAACUUGUCACACAAUUCUUUGAAGGGUCAAAUUCCAGACGGGUUUGAUAAGCAUCAUAAAUCCCACACAUUAAUUGGCAAUAUGGAUUUAUGUGGUCAAUUCAAGAUUUUUCCUCCAUGUCCCAAAAGGAAAAAAUCAAUCGCAACCAAAAUAGAAAUUUUUGCUCCCAUCACCACUUUCCUCGGAUUCUGUGUUAUUGGGGGUAUUCUCUUUUCUCGUUGUGUGUUCAAAGAAAAUCAACUUGAGUUAAGAAAAUCUAAGAAUGGAAACAUAUUCUCGAUAUGGAAUUAUGACGGACAUAUUGCAUAUGAAGACAUCAUUGAAGCAACCGAGGAUUUUGACAUCAGAUAUUGCAUUGGAACUGGUGGUUAUGGUAGCGUUUACAAAGCAAAAUUACCAAGCGAAAAUGUGGUUGCCUUAAAGAAACUUCAUCAAAGAGAGGCUGAGAAUCCAGUUUUCUUUAGGAGUUUUAUAAAUGAGGUGAGGGUGUUAACAGAGAUUCGACAUCGAAAUAUUGUGAAACUGCAUGGGUUCUGUGUACAUAAAGGAUGCAGAUUUUUAAUUUAUGAGUACAUGGAAAGGGGAAGCCUAUUUUGUGUCCUAAGAAAUGUUGAUGAAGCUAUGGAACUCGAUUGGAGCAAGAGGGUAAACAUCAUCAAGGGCACAGCACACGCCUUAUCUUACAUGCAUCAUGAAUGCAUCCCAUCAAUUGUUCAUAGAGAUAUAUCAUCCAACAACAUUUUGCUGAACUCCGAGUUCCAAGCUUUUAUUUCUGACUUUGGAACAGCUAAACUCCUUGAUCCUGACUCCUCCAAUCAAACAUUGGUUGCUGGCACUUAUGGUUAUAUUGCUCCAGAGUUUGCAUACACAAUGACAGUUACUGAAAAAUGUGAUGUAUAUAGCUUUGGAGUGGUGGCACUAGAAGUACUAAUGGGAAGGCAUCCAGGAGAACUCUUAUCCUCAUUAUCAUCAUCAUCAUCUCAAAACAUGAUGCUAAAUGAAAUAUUAGACCAGCGCUUGCCACCUCCAAAUCGUCUAAUUGGACAGGAUAUUUUGCUCGUUGCUACAGUAGCAUUUGCAUGCCUUCACACUCAGCCAAAGUCUCGGCCUACAAUGAAAUGUGUGUCACAAGAAUUUCUCUCUCGUAAAAAGCCGAAUGUCAUACCCUUGACUACGGUUUUACUCCCGCAAUUGAGGAAACAAGCAACAUAUAUGGCUGGAUCAGGAUUUGCUUAUUGUUAGGGUGUUUUGUGUGUUGUCAAUGUGUCGUUUACAUUUCUCAGUCUUUUUUCAAGAAAAAUAUUAUUUGUAAUCAUUCGGCUAAAUCACCCCAUAAACCUAAAGUACUCACUUUUCAUGGUUGGAAGCGGCUGAAAAUUGAAAUAGAAUGGGGCCGGUGUGUUUGUAUGAGAUAAGUGUGCAAAUAUAAUGUAGAAGUGAAUUAAGUAAAAUCUCAUAGAGAAUUUUAGCAGAUUCAUCAUUUCUUCUUCAUGAAUAACAAGUUUUCAGAAUAUCUUUGAUAUCA